CUAUGUGACAAUGAUGGGUCCCCUCCAAGAAACCUAUGGGAAUGCUAUGGGAACCCUUCUCUUUCUUCCAACAUUGAUAGGAGAUGUAUUUUGGUUUGCAGCUAUUCUUUCUGCUUUAGGGGCUACGAGUGUGAUCUUGGAUAUCAGAGGAUAUUUAGCUAUCAUCAUUUCAGCAUGUACUGUUAUACUCUACACUUUACUGGGAGGACUAUACUCAGCUGGUUUUUAUGAUGGUCAGCCUGUGGACUUGUGUGCCAUUUGCACUGCUGAACUCUGCAACUGAAAGGAUUUAUUAUACUGCUGUUAAUGAAUUCUAUCAAGUACCAUGGAUUAGCAAACUAGAAACAGAGUAUCUUGGAAGAUGGUUAGAUGAACUUCUGUAUGUGGCUCUUGGAAGUAUUCCAUGGCAGAUCUAUUUCCAAAGAGUCCUCGCAGCCUCCUCAUCCAGACAAGCAAGGCUCACUUCUUAUUUUGCAGGGUUUGGGUGUGUUUUCAUGGUCAUUCCAUCUGUUCUGAUUGGCGCAGUCGCUGCUUCUACAGACUGGAAUCAGACAAGCUAUGAUCUGCCAACAGCUAAUGAAAGAGGGGAGUCCAGCAUGAUUCCCAUAGUUCUCCAGUAUCUUUGCCCAACGUAUGUUUCCGUUGCUGGCUUAGGAGCCAUUGCUACUGCUGUCAUGUCUUCUGCAGAUUCAGCCCUUCUAUCAGCCAGCUCCAUGCUAGCUCACAACAUCUAUAGGAAAAUUCUUAGGAAAAAGGCUACAGAGAAAGAAGUUGUCUGUAUAAUGAGGGUCUCCAUGGUGGUUUUUGGGGCAGCAGCUGCAGGCCUGGCUUUCCUUUCUAACUCUGUUUAUGAUCUGUGGUUCCUGAGUGGUGAGCUGGUGUACGCCCUUCUCUUUCCCCAGCUCUGCUGCGUGCUUUUCAUUCCCAACACCAACACAUAUGGCUCAGCUGCUGGAUUCCUCUUUGGGUUCCUGUUAAGGCUGCUGGCAGGGGAGCCUUCCCUGAAAAUCUCCCCUAUUAUUCACUACCCAGGUUGCUCUCUUGUGGAUGGGGUCUACAUUCAGCUGUUCCCCUUUAAAACCUUCACCAUGCUUCUCACUUUGGGGACUAUCAUUGCUGUUUCAUACCUGGUGGCAUUUUUGUUUAAGAGAAACAUCCUCCUUCACAGGUGGGAUGUUUGCAGCGUAAUAAAGGAAAGAGAGGCUUCUGUUCCACUCCCUGAGACUAUAAAUAUAGUUUAUAUUAAUCCUAUUGAAAUACAUACUUAA